AUGGUGGAGUCGGGUUUGGUCGGGCAUUUGCUUGACCCACGAUCUCCGUUGAACAUCGAAAGCCUGCUGGAUGCCAUCACUGCUCUACUUAUUGAUUGCAAGAUUCCAUCUUUGAUGCGAAUCAAAAGCAUUGAUAGCUUUAUUACUAGGUGUAAGUUUAAGAUUAGAUGUUCAUUGUAUUAA